AUGUCGGCCGCCACAGAUAAAGCUCGAUUUUUCCUUGAAAAGUCGGUGCCUGAGCUCAAAGAGUAUGAGCGGAAGAAGAUUUUUAGCAAGGAUGAAAUCGCCUCAAUCGUCAAGAAACGGUCGGAUUUCGAGCACAAGCUGAACGCGCGCGGCGCACAGCCCGUGGACUUUGUGCGAUAUGUCCAAUACGAAAUGAACCUCGACUCCCUCCGCAAAAAGCGAGUAAAGCGACUUGGUAUCCGAUCUGCCGGACACAGCGGUCAACGCCGAAUUUUUUUCAUUCUCGACCGCGCCACUCGCAAGUUCCAUGGCGACCUCAACCUUUGGAUUCAGUGCAUUGAUUAUGCGCGGAAACAGAAGGCCCACAAGAAGCUCUCCAUGAUCUUCACGGACGCUCUGCGAUUGCACCCGACCAGUGCGGAGCUGUGGAUUUAUGCCGCCAAAUACGUUCUCGACGACCAUGCGGAUAUGUCUCAGGCUCGGAGCUACAUGCAGCGCGGUUUACGGUUUUGCAAGAGCUCCAGGACACUUUGGAUUCAAUAUGCCAAAUUGGAAUUGAUCUACAUCGCUAAGCUGGUAGCACGCCAACGGAUAUUGGGCCUCGACGAGGCUAGCCAACAGCCCAAACCCAUUGAGGAUAAAGAACUCGACCAUGAUGCCGACAUGAUCGCACUCCCGCAGAUUACGGGCGAAGACAUCAACCCCAGUGGGGCCGACGAUGAGGCCAAUGAGGCUGCAUUGGAAACCCUCAAUGCGACUCCGGCACUGAGUGGUGCAAUCCCGCUCGCCAUCUUCGAUGCCGCCAUGAAGCACUUCAACAACGACGAUCUCUUUGGGUUCGAAUUUUACGAGAUGGUUUCCGACUUCCAUGACACGCCGUGUCUGCGCAAGAUCCUGGGCCACGUGGUGGAGACAAUGCAGUCGGAGCAGCCCACCAGCCCCCGUACCCAGAUCUGCUACAUCAAGUUCCCAAUUGCGGGUCUUUCCGUCACAUCGGCUGAGUUCCCGAGGGCAUUUGGUAGUUCACUUGCCCGUCUGAAGGAGACACACCUGGACAGCAGCCUGGCCCGGGUGGUCGUGAGUUGGUUGCGGCCGAUUGCCGAGACGGAAAGCUUAGAUCCCUCGCUGAGGAAGGUGAUCAUGGCGACCCUGCGCAACGCGGAGCGCACCGCGUCAAAGGCGUGA